AAAAACGUGUUGAUUAAAAAAACAAAAAAAACGAGCGGUGCCUGAACGCAGCACUGUCGCCGGCGCUUUUGUUGUGAAAGAGUUAACUUCAAAACAGCGAAAUUAAGGACACUAUAAAAUAAACAGCGGGAAGAUGGCAGAAGAAGUCGCCGAGAUUUUGGACACUGAUAAGUUGUACCUGACACAAAUCCGACAUUUGGAGGAUGAGCUGGAUAAGUGUCAGUCGAAAUGCGGCGAGCUGGAGAACCACGUCCUGGAUCUGAUGUCGGAGCUGCGGGCGCUGACGAAGGACAAGGACGACGUGACCAGGUACUUGAAGCGGGCGCUGGACACCAAGGACAAGAAGGUGGAGAUGCUGAUGGAGCAGGUGGAGCAGCAGCAGGAGGCCAGCGAGAAGGACAAGGAGACCAUGGAGCAGCUCAGGAAGCAGCUGGAGCAGCUGCACCAUCGCAUCAGCGAGCUGGAUGCCGUCAUCGACACGCAAGCCAAGCAGUUGGACAAGCAGGCGGGACAGCUGGUGGCUCUGGAGGACAAGAUGGUGUUUCAGAAGAAGCAGCAAGACGCCGCCAAUAAGCAGCUGACGGAGGACGCGCAGAGAGACAAGACUAACAUGAUCGCUGAGACGAUGAGGAACAUGGAGGUGGUGUUCGAGGACAAGCUGUCCAAGAGGCUGGAGGAGGAGAGAGUUCAGAACAGCGAGAAGAUGACACAGCUGCAGAUGAUGCUGCAGGAGAACAUGACUCUGUGGCUGGAGAAGGACGUCAUGCAGAAGAAGGAGUUGGAGCUCAGCUGCGAGGUCAGUCGUCUGGAGGACGAGCUCACCAAGAAGCCUCGCAGGAAGUUCACGCGCAGGAAGUGACCUUCUGGAAUGUUCCACACGGAACCAUCCAUGAACUUUCACCAAGAUGGAUAACAACUGCAAGACCUCGUGUGUCCACAGUGGCCGCCAACCAGCAAAAGUUUCACUCUUAAAAAGUCUUGCCUGCUUUGUGGUACAGUUUACAGUCCAGAACCGGUCAAAACCAGGGGGCAUCCGGAUUUGAACCGGAGACCUCUUGAUCUGCAGUCAAAUGCUCUACCACUGAGCUAUACCCCCCACACCCACUCAUGACCACUUUCACUCCUCUGUCCUCCAUUCCUGCAACCUCGGAGUCCCAGGAGGACACAACUAUUUCCUGUUCAGUGCAAGCCAGGAACUCUUUAUCCUCCCUGUGUGUCCUCCCUGUGUGUGAACAUGUGUGUGAACGUAACAUGUGUGUGAACGUGUAUGUGUGUGUGUGUGUGUGUGUGUGUGUGUGUGUGUGUGUGUGUGUGUGUGUGUGUGUGUGUGUGUGUGUAAGUGUGUGUGCAUGUAUGUGUGUGUGUGUGUUGGGUGUUGCAACACUUAGGCUGUUAUCCAACAAAAUAGCUGGCUUUUAUUUAAAACAGACAUCAGGUUAUCCAGUUUGUUUGCGUGACAGCAGGCAGCUUGCUAACGUUAGCAUGCUAACUUUUUUUUUUUUGCCAUUUUUACUAGCCAAAAACCUUAGUCAAAUAACUUGGUAUUUGGCAUAUGCUAACUGUUAACAUGCAAACUGUUGGUAUGCUAACUUUUUUUUUUGUAGAUAAUUUUACAGCCAAAACACUUCAGUCAUAUAAGUUGUUACUUGACACAUGCUAACUUUGUAGCCUUUUUUUCCCAGACAAAAACCGUAAAGUCAAAUAAUUUGG